UUCCUGGUACCAUUUAGUUGAGAAAGCAUAUAUUCUUAAAUCUUGGAAAGAGAAAUUUUAAUUUCAUUGGAUGGUAUCAAAUAGGAAAUCUAGCAAGGAGCAUAUAGGCACCAGUGAAAUUCGUAUUAAUGGGUCUAAAUGGAGUCUUGGUGUUACAAAACAACCAUCAAUAAGUGGCCUUAGAAAUGUGAUAAACAACACUCUAGUAGCCAAUGAUUACAAUUCCUUCCUUGAAACUUUCAUCCGAGGAGUGGUUAGAGAUGUGGUGGAAAGAAAAGUCCAAGAGCACCAAAUUUCAAGAGCAAAGGUUAAUGAGGGUGGCAUAUCUGGAGCCAGACCCUUAGAAUUAUGUUUUGUUAAUAACAAGUUGCCUGAAACAGUUUUUACUCAGUCUAAUAUAAUAGCAAAAGAUGGACCACCUCUUCAGAUUGCUCUAUUUGAUGUUAGAUCUCAUUCAAUAGUCAAUGAUGGUCCCUUUUCCUCAAUGAAGAUAGAGAUUUGUGCCCUCAAAGGUGAGUUUGGAUCUUGUGGCAAUGAGGAUUGGACUGAAAUUGAAUUCAAUGCAAAUAUCUUAAGUGGAAGAGAUGGUAAACAGCCACUUUUGGUUGGAGAGAGGUUCAUUACUCUUAAAAAUGGUGUUGCUUGCAUCUCUAAAAUUAUCAUAACUGAUAACUCAAGAUGGGUAAGAGGAAGAAAGUUUAGGUUAGGAGUCAAAGCUAUGCAAAAUGGAGAAAAUGUUAAGGAGGGUAGAAGUCAACCUUUUAUGGUCAAAGAUAUCCGAGGAGAGUCCUACGAGAAACAUUCCCCUCCAUUCUUGAAUGAUGAUGUUUGGCGUUUGAAGAAAAUUGCUAAAAAAGGAAAAUUCCACAAGCGUCUCUCUUCCCACAGAAUUCACACUGUUAAGGAUCUCUUGCAGUUACUCAUAGUAAAUGAAUCUUCAUUAUAUGAGAAGUUUGGGAAAAUUCAGAAGAAGUCUUGGUCAGCGAUUAUUGAACACGCGAAAUUGUGUGUUAUAGAUGAUUACAAGCUUUACAGCUAUCUUGCAAGUGAGCAACCAAUGAUGCUGAUAUUCAAUUCCAUCUACAAACUUGUGGCAGUGACAUUUGAUGAACAAAAUUACUACUUACCAGACACUCUCACCCCUAGCUUGAAGAAUUUGGUAGAAGUUGUGAAGCAGGAUGCUUACAAAAAUGUGGAUAAAUUUGUAUCAAUUGAUGAGACUUUGUUGAACUCCAUAAGCCUAGAAGCAUGUCUAAAAUCAGCAGUUCAAGGUCCAAAAGAAAUAAGGUCAGGCUAUGGUCAACCAAGUACCUCUACUUCAUAUGAAGGAAUGCAUAAUUGUCAAAUCUAUGAUGAUCCAGUGCCAAACAUAAGAGAAACACCACAAAAGAAUAAUGUGGAAGGUGAAAUGUACAUUGAAGAUGGUUAUUUGACAGAGACUCUCAUAAAUGAAUAUCUUCUUAAUACAAAGUGGGGGCUAGAAAAUAAUGUUUUAUUUGGUUUUUCUGAUGGAGCAGCGUGUAGCACUCGUUUUAAUAUAUCAAGCAAUGAGAAACCAAAAGCAGUGUGGUGUAAAUUUCUGGUUGCUAUCAAAUGGGUCAUAUCAGUGAAAAGGGAUGCAGCUGCUAGGAGGAAUGCUAAUUUGUUUUGUUUCAACUAUUAGCCUCUUCUUGUUUCAUAUUUUAUGUUCGCAAGUUUGAAUCUUAAUUGAAAUAAUCAUUAAUCAGAUUUUAUUGACCUCUCGAUUAAAGAUUGGACUAUUAGAACUCCUUUCACUUGGAACGAGAUGGAUAAUACAAUUCAAUUGAUAUUUACUAUUGAAAAAAUCAUUUGAUAAUUCAAAAUCUAGUGAUAUUUACUAUUUGGAA